AGCGUAGCGCUUUAUUUCGUGGCGGCAGCGUGUUUUCCCUCACACCUCGCUGUGUCUCCAGAGAGAAAAGAAGAGAAGAGAAGAGGAGAGAGUGUGUCAUCAUGCCUGGAGUCCUGCUAGGAGAUGUCUUUCCUAACUUUGAAGCGGACACGACUAUUGGCAAGAUAAAAUUUCACGAAUUCUUGGGCGACUCAUGGGGCAUCCUGUUCUCUCACCCACGCGACUUCACCCCCGUGUGCACAACCGAGCUGGCUUGUGCUGCUAGGCUCAGCGACGAGUUUAAGAAGCGGGGUGUGAAGAUGAUUGCUCUGUCUAUAGACAGCGUGGCGGACCACUGUGCCUGGAGCAAGGAUGUGGUCACACUUCAUUCAGAAACAGCAAGCAGUCCUCUGCCAUUUCCCAUUAUAGCAGAUGAUAAGCGUGAGCUCUCGGUUCUUCUGGGAAUGCUGGACCCUGAUGAGAGGGACAAAGAUGGCAUGCCCCUCACUGCCCGCUGUGUAUUUGUUGUUGGGCCUGAUAAGAGGCUGAAGCUGUCCAUCCUUUAUCCUGCCACUACAGGGCGCAAUUUUACUGAAAUCCUUCGGGUCAUCGACUCCCUGCAGCUGACGGCAAACAAAAAGGUGGCUACACCUGUGGACUGGAAGCCUGGAGAAGAAGUGAUGGUCAUCCCCUCUCUCUCAGACGAAGAGGCCAAGAAGCUCUUCCCUGCUGGAUUCACCACCAAGGAACUGCCUUCUGGGAAAAAAUACCUACGCUAUACCCCACAGCCAUAAACAAACAGCAGGCACAUCAAGAUUCAAGAAAAUAGUAGAUAUAGCACUUAUUUCAAAUCUUCUGCUAUUAGCCUUCUGAUUUUGUUGCCUAAGUUAGCCAGGUCAACAUUAUGGAGCCUGUAUUGCUCAUUAUUGACACUAAUCAAGUGAAAAUGUGGCUGAAAAUGUUAAUCAAAAGAGACAUUAUAUUCAGUUAAAGUGUGGAAUGUACCUCACUCUAAAAUAUAGUGCCUUACAUACAAUAAAUAAUUCUUUUGGCAAAA